AGUCUCUUGGGAUCUGUGUGUAGGGAGGGAGCUCCGGACUAGCCUCUUGGGGUGCUCGGGGUUUGGCAUCGAUAGUCUGUGUUGAAUCGGUCGAGAGAGAGAGAGAGAGAGAGAGAGAGAGAGAGAGAGAGAGAGAGAGAGAGAGAGAGAGAGAGAGAGAGGAGAGGAAGGGGGCGGAGAUGACUAGCACGACCGUGUGAGUGAAAGUGCUAGUGGUCAAUGGUCAUCGGCCACUGGUCACCUGUGGUCUGGUCGUGCUAGUGGAACCAGCCGUGUUCUGCCCAGAGACUACUUGACUGGCGGCAUGCAUUCGUCAGGAGCGCUCAAACAGGUGCUGGCCACGGCCAUCUGCGGCCAGACUCAGUUCAUGCUCGGCGCUAACGUGGCGCUCAACAGCGCCCUGCUGAUCCAGGAGGCGGGCCCGGACGGCCGGCUCAGUGUCAGCCAGCGCAGCUGGGCCAUCUCUGUGACUUUCGCUGGCGCGCUGCUGGGCUGUGUGCUGGCCGCCGCGCUGGCACCGCCGCUGGGCGCGCGCCGCCUGCUGCUGCUGCUGAUGCCACUGGCCGCCGCUGGCUCGGUGGCCAUCUACUGCGGGGACGGCGCGUUCGGCUGGACGGUGGCCGGCCGGCUGCUGGUCAACACCGCCCUGGGAGCCGGUGACGGCCAGGCGCGCGCCUACGUGGCCGAGGUGGCGGCGCCGGCGCAGCGGGCGGUACUCUCCACGGCUGUGGGGCUGCUGCUGUUUGUGGGUCAGCUGGUGGGCCUGGCACUGGCCUCGGUCUGGCGGUGGCCGCUGCAGCAGCUGGCCUGCACCUGCGCGCCGGCCGCGCUGGGCGCCCUCGGCCUGCUACUCCUGCCCGACACCGCACAGUGGCUGAUGGCCCGCGGACGAGACGAGAAGCUGGCUGCCGACGCGCUGGCAUUCUACCGUGGUCAAGACUUUGACACCGCCAGCGAGAUAGACAACAUCCGAGCCUCUGUGGAGGAGGCGGGCGCUCCGCUGGGCCGCACGUGGCGGGCGCUGUGCCGCCGGAGCGCGCUGCGGCCGCUGCUGCUCACCGCCGGCCAGUUCUUCUUCUUCGUGUGGACGGGCGGCUUUUUCCUGGUGGUGGUGACGGCGCUGGUGGUCGGCGGCCUGCCGCUGCCGCUGGACGACUACCAGCGCGCCAUGCUGGUGCCGGCCGUGGCGCUCCUGGGGACGCCGCCGGCCAGCCCGCUGCUGCGCCGCGCCGGCCGGCUGCCGCUGCUGCGCGCCUCCGGAGCGUUCAGCGCCGUCGGCUGCGCCACCAUCGCCGCCGGGGACCUGCUGGACGCCGAGCACGCGGCCAGGGGCUGGCUGGCGCUGGGCGGCGCGCUGGUCUGCCUGCUGCCCUACAGCACGCUGCUCACCGCGAUCACAUUCAACUACCUGGGCGAGCUGCUGCCGAACAGCGUGCGCUCGCUGGCCGUUAGCCUGGUGAUGGGGUGGUUCGGCCUCCUGGUGUUCGUCUCGCUGCAGCUGUAUGAGCCGCUGCUCGGUGCCAUCAGCGUGGGAGGGGUGUUCCUGGUUCACGCGGCAAUCAGUCUCCUACAGGUCCUGUACGCCUCCACCCUGCUGCCAGAGACUCACGGCCUAACCCUCGAACAAAUUCAGCAGCGCUUCUUCGACACUAAACCUCAGACGGCGCCCGUCGAGCUGGAAACGGCGAACGGCGACCGGGCCAGGGUAUAUUCCGGGCGACGUCGGAAAGGGACUCCUCUGGCGGAGCGUAGAAGCGACAGUGGUGGGUGCGACCGUUUACUGAGAUACUUUCUAUGAGUAUGAGCGCUAGCGGCUAGCGCACUGAUUUCCAUCUACAUAUUACCUGUGUCAUGUGCGCUUUGUUCCCGUCGGUUGCUGUGACAAUUCAGAAUUCCGAAAGUAAUUUACGAGCUCCUUGGCUCGGGGACCGGACGAAUUGACAAAUAUAGUUUACAUGGCUCUCGGGAACUUCUUGUGUCUGUGACACCGUCUCUGACGAGUCGUCGUCGACUAUCAUCGAUGACGUACGCUCUCUCGUAGCAGGCCCGCUAUAAAUGGUAGGACUUGCUAAUUCUGACAUACCCGCAUGUGAAUAUAGGGUGCAAUAACGCUGUCGAUAAAAGGUGCAUGAGUAUCGGCUUUACACAGCAGUAAUACUAAUAUAAUGUUACUCGUGUGAUCAUAUAGCAUAGCUGCAGCAUGACUUGUCGAUAGAACGUAUAAGUGAAUCAGAACAGAGUUGUCGCUAUAAGUGACCGUUCUGUUCUGUCGGUAAACGGUGCCAGGUCGGUGUCAAUAAAAUGGGUAUUGCA